AGUAAAAGCAUCUUUCAUUUAUGAAACUGAGCAUAUGUUCGCUCUUGAUCGAUGAAGCUCACACUUUGUAGUUAUAUAUGCCGCCCUCUUAGAUCCAUUAUCAGUGGCCACCAACACACAGAAUUACAGAGAUGGCAGCAGAAGAUACCAUCACCAGUGAACCAGUCUCAGAAGCACAUCCAAUGAAAGGUGGAGAUGGCGCCAACAGCUAUGCCAAAAAUUCCACUUUCCAGAAAGGUGCUGUGGAUAAUGCGAAACAGCUUUUGAACAAGGUGAUUGCAGAAAAGCUUGACCUAGAAAUCUUGUCAUCUCCCAGCUCCUUUCACAUUUCAGAUCUGGGUUGUUCUGUUGGGCCGAAUACAUUUUCUGCAGUUGAAAACAUAAUUGAAGCCGUGGUACUCAAGUAUCACAGCCAGCUUCGUUUGAAUGUUCAAAUCCCUGAAUUUCAAGUCUUCUUCAAUGAUCAUACCUCAAAUGACUUCAACCUGCUCUUCAAAUCCCUCCCUCAGAACAGGCAAUACUACGCUGCCGGUGUACCGGGUUCUUUCUACGAUCGCAGAUUUCCUGAGGCUUCCCUUCACUUGGUUCACUCUUCUACUGCCCUUCACUGGCUUUCUAAAGUACCAGCGGAGGUGUUGGACAAAAACAGUCUUGCUUAUAACAAAGGACGAAUCCAUUACUCAAAUGCCACAGAUGAAGUGAUAAGGGCUCAUGAAACUCAAUAUGCGGUAGACAUGGAGCGCUUUCUCCAUUCCCGGGCACAAGAGGUUGUUUAUGGAGGACUCAUGGUACUCAACAUUCCAGGCCGCCCUGACGGCACCACUCAUUCUUAUCCUUUCACAAAGGUGACCUUGCAACUUUUGGGAUCUUGCCUCAUGGACUUGGUUGAAAAGGGAGUUGUUAGUGAAGAGAAAGUAGAUUCGUUUAACAUACCUACGUAUACAAUGUCUCCCCAAGAACUGAAAGCUGUUGUAGAACGAAAUGGAUGUUUUAGCAUAGAGACAAUAACAGAGUUACCUCUUGUAGUCUUGGCAGAUAGGCCUAAUAUGGCAGUGCCGCAACUACUUGCCGCUCAUAUGAGAGCUGGCACGGAAGGGAUAGUCAAGGAGCACUUUGGGGAAGAAAUAUUAGAUGAGCUCUUCGACUUGUAUCUCACAAAAUGUGAAGAGCAUGCCACUGCUGUUGAGACAGUUACAUUUCUUGUUGUGCUUAAACGCAAGGCAGAUUGAGACGACUAUGUCAUUUUCGUACUUGUGAAAGCUUCAAAUAAUGUAUCUUAUGGUAAUUUGCUAUUCAAUAUAUUCCAUUUGGUUCUGGGAGUAUCCGCUGGGCUUCCCUUAGCGGAGAGGAUUGGCUGCAUUCUUGCAUUCAUUCGAGUGGAGGUAGCCCAAGGACACAAAGUUUGACCUUUCUGACAAAUUUGGCUUGUGACCAAGAAAAUGACUCCACUAGUCGUCAUUGCAACACCCAGGUUGUCUGUAUCAGAGCUCUAUGCUCAAGAUGUCCUAUAUUGUCAUUGUUCUUGGUCCUAUUGUUCUGAAAAAUAAAUAAAAAAGUUUAUGGUUUUUCUUGUU